CUGAGCGGCCCUAUCUUUUCCCCGCGGACUCCUCCUCGUCCUCCUCUUCCUCUGACGAGCAACGUCGGAAACGCAGGCUCGAAGGGGAGCAUACUCUGAACGGCGGGAGGAAGAAGCAGAAGCGCCGCCGAGGUGAGCGGUGUGUGAGUCGGCUGAUGCCAGAGAUGACGUUGCAGGACAUUCUCGCCUCUGACAUAGCAGGGAUUCGCCGCCCGCCACCGAGUGUACCGCCUCGCAUUGCUCGCCCUGCUGCGCUUGAGCCGACCGCGGAGCACAGACAUCCGUGGCUAGCCACGCCGAGGUGCAGGGGAUUGUUUGAGCUGCCGAGGCUGGCAGAGAAUUUCGGCCGUGGGCCUGGCUCGCUCAAUUUGCAAGCGCAUUCAUUGAGACAUCUGCUAGAAGACGACAGCGUCGGACCAGCACGGCAGGAUAUGCGGUUGAACAUGGUCCGGGCUAGGCCUGAGGUGUGGCAUCGAGACGCACCCCCUUCCAACCCUGCCGAAGCUGCUCCUGUCAGUCAAGUCGAUGACAGUGAACAUGAGUUCCUGCCCGACUUUAACAUGGUUUCACACUGGCAGGAUGAAGCAAGCCUCGCGAUGCCACCACCCUCCCCACGUCGAUGGCCUGUCGACAGGCCCUUGAGGCCGGCACUGCGCUAUGCUCGACCAGUGGAGCGGUUGGAGCACCUGGCCGUCGAUCUUCCCCCCGGCUGGCCAUCACCCCCUCGCCCACCCCCUCCUACCACAAGCGACGGCUUUGAUGACUUGAACGACCUUGACGACCUCGAUCCUCCGGUCCAACGCAUUAAACCAGGCUAUCAGUGGCAGGCGCGAACAGUUCCUUCCGCUUUGUUCUUCCAAGCUCCGUCGUCGCCUGCGCCACGACCCUAUCCACCAUGGCCGCCACGCUACGACCCGUUCCAAGCCCCACCCGUUGACCAGUUCGACUCUCAGUUGAGCUCAAGCCCUCUCCCAACUCCCACCCCUGCACCUCGCCCAUUAACUCGACCGCCCCAGCCCGCCUCUUCAUCGACCCAGAUCACCACGCCUCCAGCACCCCGCCAAUCUCCCCGACGCGGAUGCGUCACCACCUCGCCCCGCACGCAUAACACACCCUCAAGCCAGUUGUCGGCGUACGAGCAUGCUAAGCGACGCGCCCAAGCCCCAAUGUACCGCCAAAGGUAGCUCGAUGCAGCUCCCUUCAAGCACACCCUACGAGCCUACUAUCGUCGCAUGAUAUCUAACAAACACUAGACGCCCAGCCUCCCGCUCUAGCCUCUACAACGGCGCAAUGA